CAACAUCCACGCUCCCUUUGCAUAACUUCCGAUAGUUACUAGCGGCCACUUCUGGUCUUUACCACCACCCAAUCCUUUGCUUAAUGCGUCCACAUCUCUUGCCGAGCGCUCUGCUCGUCCUCCUGCUUGACUGGACAGGUACUUACGCUCAGUCUAGCCAAGCGCAGACCUCCGGUGCAUCAUUUCUUUCUGACACGCUGGUGAGAAAGGAUCAAGUGCAGAAUGUGCUCGAGCAUGAGCCUGUACAGCAAACGACCUGCGAGAACACUCUUACGGGACCCAUCGAGACCACAAUGUGUGACUACGAGACCGUGGAAAGCGUCGGCGACGUCCUGUUUGAGCGUUUACACGAACUGGUACAGACUCCGUUCUUCAAGUAUUUUCGAGCAGACUUGUAUAGAGAGUGUCCUUUCUGGGAGGAAAAUGUACUUUGCAUGAGUAAGGACUGCAGCAUCAUCACGGUGGACGAGGAACAGAUACCUGAGAAAUGGAGGGUAGCUACUCUUAGCAAGCUGGAAGUACCUCCUGAAGACCAGCGUGAAUCAUUACCAGGGUGCUAUUACAAAGACACAGAUUUCUGUUAUUUAGAUGACAUGACUGAGGGCGAUUACGUCGAUCUCACUCUGAAUCCCGAGCGUUUCACGGGCUAUGCUGGAUUCUCUGCUCACCGUAUUUGGAAGGCUAUCUACGAGGAGAACUGCUUUGGACAGUCCGAACUUUCUCUCAUGAAUAGUCCCUCAACUGCCAAUGUUCAGUUACCAGAUACGAUGUCUGAGAUUCUUCGUGUCGAUGGCGAAGAAACUAGCGCGCAAUGCCUCGAGAAAAGGGUUUAUUAUAAGAUCAUUUCUGGCCUGCACGCGUCUAUUUCUACACAUAUCUGUCAAGAGCACUUGGACACGACAACGGGAGAAUGGGGCCCUGAUCUGCAGUGCUUCGUUACGCGCAUAGCUUCACACCCUGAACGCCUGCAGUAUAUCUACUUCAACACCGUUCUCCUUCUCCGCGCAGUUGCUCGCAUUGGACCGUACCUGUCUGCCUACGACUACUGUUCGUCUGGUACCCAUGAAGAGGACGCUGCGACAUUGGGCAUGCUGACUCACGUCAUCGACAUUGCGCAGACCGUCGGAAAGUUCGACGAGUCUGUCUUGUUCCGAGGCGAGAAUGCUAAUGUCUUGAAAGAGGAGUUCAAGCAGCAUUUCCGCAACGUUACUCGCAUCAUGGACUGUGUUGCUUGUGACAAGUGUCGUCUAUGGGGCAAAGUCCAAACCACCGGCGUCGGAACAGCACUGAAGAUCCUCUUCGAACUAGACGAGAAGGCCCUUGACCCUCGGUCGAACGCCAAUCUACUUUCACGGUCGGAGGUCGUGGCGUUGAUCAACACAUUGCAUCGGUUCACCGAGAGCCUGCACGCUGUGAACGAUUUUCGUCGUAUGUGGCGUGAAACCAAUGCGGCCGAUUCCGCGAAACUCAUCAAGGAGGCUGAGAAGGUCGCUAACGCAUGGCCACGACCAUCGCCGUCUGUUGGGGAAGACAAACCUCCCGUAGGGAACCUGAUCGAGGAAAUCCAAAGACGGCUGGGUCCCUUGAUCCAAGCAUGUUGGGAGGGAACUUCUGGGUGUGUCGACCUCGUUGUCGGAGCCUUCGAGCGUAUUACCGCCACGGUCAACUCUCUGUUCAAGCUGUCUGGGAAAGAUCAGGGGCUUAGAGCGGAGUUGUGAUGCCUGAGUGGUGUAAUUAGGUAGGAGGUGUAUUCUCGUGUAGCUGUAUUGGUCGUAUAUGGAUGAUUGAAUGAACAUUUGUGCAGACUGUAUGCUCCGGACACCUUUCC